CGGCUAGGAAUAAAAAUGGAGGAGCAGGGCGCAGCUGGACUGACACCAGAGGAGAAAUCGGAGGAGGGUGGAAGCAGGCGUGAUGUUGUCCAAACGGAGGCCCUUGGGAAGUUGGUCGCCAAAGCAGUUCCACAACCUGUGAAGCAGGAACUAACUGGAGGGCUGCAACGAGGCUGGGAAGCCCAGUGGUCGGAGUUCCUGAACGUGCCUCAUUCAAGAAGGAAGAACGUAUUGCCCCAGUCAGGGCAUGAUAAAGAUUUCCAGGCCUCCUUGAAAGGGGCACCUGAGGUCAGCCACUGGCCGAGAAGAGAAUACGCAACCCAAACCACGACAGGCUUCAGUGGCAAAACCCCAGAGGCCUAUGAAGGCCUGGACUUCUCUGUCAAAGUGAAGGAAGAAAUUCCAGACGAAGAGGAAACUGUCACCUCAGAGAUGCGACGCCGGCGCUUCAGGCAUUUCUGCUACGAGGAAGCCUCGGGGCCUCGGGAAGUCUUUAGCCAACUCUGGGAGCUUUGCCAUCAGUGGCUGAAGCCCGAGACGCACACCAAAGAGCGAAUCCUGGAACUGUUGAUCCUGGAACAGUUUCUGACCAUCCUGCCUCGGGAAAUGCAGAGCUGGGUCAUGGACCGGAGACCAGAGACCUGCUCUGAGGCGGUGGCUCUGGCGGAGGAGUUCUUAACGAAAUAUCCAGAGGCUGAGAAGCUCUGGCUAAGUUGUCCCAAGAGACCCAGAGAAAACGAUGGCGGCAAGCUUUCUUGGAAUGCACCAGGACCUUUGGAAGACGCAGCCGUUAGUCCCUCCAUAUCAGAGCGGAUAACGUCAAACCCUGUAAAGAUGUCAUUUUCAAGAGAUGCCGACCAAGGGAGUGACAAGGAGACUAUUUUGCUGGGCGAUGAUCAAACGAUGGCGAAAGAGGAGGAAAAGGUUCAGCCAGAAAGACCUGAGCGGGCGGAGCUCCUUGAGACCUCUGUGGGAAAAGCCAGAGGGAAGGCCGUCCCAUUCCACAGGGAGGCUGAGGAGGACAGAGAUGAGUCGGGAUCGGACAGGCAGCAGGAAGAUCGUCCGGGGAAGGGAGGGGGGAAGGUCGUUCUUUGUAAAGAAGGUGGCAAAACCUUUUAUGCAAGUAGUGAGGCGAUGCUUCAGUGUAAGAGCAAAAAGACCUGCACGGAGUGUGGGAAUCUCUGUGAGGUUUUCGACCUCCCGACAAAUCAGGAAACUCAGACGGGGGAAGAAUUUUACAUAUGCGAACAGUGUGGGAAGACCUUCAAGAACGGAGCGCCCCUCGAUCCCCAAAAGGGGACGGUCCCAAAAGGGGACAGGCCGUACCAGUGCUCAGACUGUGGCAAAAGUUUCGGCACCAAGGCGUCUCUUCUGAAGCAUCAGGGGACCCACACGGGUGGGAAACCGUACGUGUGCUCUGAGUGCGGGAAAUGCUUCACAACCAGCUCGAAUCUUAUAUACCACAACAUAGUGCACACGGGAGAGAAGCCGCAUAAGUGCUCAGUGUGUGGCAAAAGCUUCCACUGGAAGUCGUCCCUCAUCACGCACGAGAGGACCCACACGGGAGAGAAGCCGUACAAGUGCCCCGACUGCGGGAAGAGCUUCGGCAACAGCUCCCAGCUUCUCAGACACAAAAGGGUCCACACGGGCGAGAAACCGUACCACUGUUCAGAAUGUGGCCGGAGCUUCAAUCAGAUUGCCUCUCUCAUCGCUCACAAGAGGAUCCAUACGGGAGAGAAGCCCUAUGAAUGCUCCGAGUGUGGGAAGGGCUUUGGCACCCGGACCAACCUGAUGAUGCACAAGAGGGUACACACGGGAGAGAAGCCGUAUAAGUGCUCCUACUGCGGGCAGAGCUUCAGUCAGCGGACCCACCUCAUCAUCCACGAGAGGACCCACACAGGAGAGAAGCCCUACACAUGCUCCGAUUGCGGGAAAAGCUUCAAUGCAAAAGCACCGCUCAUUACCCAUAAGAGGACCCAUACGGGAGAGAACCUCUACCAGUGUACCCAGUGCGGGAAAAGCUUCAGCACGAGCUCGAACCUUCUCAACCACAAUAUAAUCCACACGGGAGAGAAGCCACACAAAUGCACGGAUUGCGGCAAGUGUUUCAACCGGAAGUCGUCCCUCAUUACCCACAAGAGGACGCACACGGGAGAGAAGCCAUACGCUUGCUUCGAGUGUGGGAAGCGCUUCAUUUCUAGUUCGGACCUUACAAAACAUAAGAAAGUACACAGAGGAAAACAUUCAGUCCGUGCUGAAAGCUUCAUGUAUAGCUCUGCGGUCGGGGAGCAAGAAAUGAUACACCCAGGAGGACAGCCCUAUUAGAGCCAAACAACAGCUGAAGAUCCCGCUGCUUCAACAGAGGCCUGUCCCGGAAGCUUGUAAAGUGGGAGCUGUGAGUGUUGGCCGUGGAGCUCUUGAUUUUAAAAGACAGCUUAUUUCCCUCCUGUAGUCUUCCUCGUCACUUUUCCUUCAGCCAGUUUGAAGCGAGUCCAGCUGGGAAAAAAGGUGUGGGAAUGGGAGGGACAGACUGUGAGAAGCUGCCAGUUUGGGGAAUGGUGUCUUGCUGGGAGCAAAGUCCUCUGAGGUGAUCCAACUGCCAGGCAGUAGGCCGCAGACAAAGUGAGUCCAGUGGGGCAAAAAAACCUGAGCGACAGACCAUGAGGAGAU